GCGUGGGACCGUUGUUAAACUGUCGGUUGCUAAUGUUUGUAACACCGGUGUUUUAGUUGUGUGAUGGAGUUUCGCUGAUAGGCAGUCAGUAAAAUUUCGUGACUUUUGUAUAAACAGCGUGUGUUUACCAACACAGCGAUAUCUACCGGCAGCUCUCACAUGAGCAACAUGGCGGACAAUAUUAUCAUCAGGGUGCAGUCCCCAGAUGGGAUGAAGAAAAUUCUUUCAACCAAGAGGGAAACAGCAGCUGCUUUUCUGAAAAAGGUGGCCAAAGAAUUUGGGUUCAAUUCAAAUGGGUUCUCUGUUUAUCUGAACCGCAACAAGACUGGGGAGAUAGUCUCACAGAACAAAACCCUGACCCUGCUCAAGAUCAAGCAUGGGGACAUGUUGUUUCUGUUCCCCUCAGCAUCCUCCUCGUCUUCAGGGGAGGUAAUGGACACGGCCACCCCACACACAUCUUCAUCCCUACCAUCCAUCUCUUCUUCGUCCUCCUUGAUACCACGGUCGUUAUCAGGACCCCAGGUCCAGGAGGAUGAGAUUGAUCAGUAUCUGGCCAAGCAAGACGGCAAGAUCUACAGGAACAGAGAUCCACAGCUAUGUCGCCAUGGUGCCCUUGGAAAAUGUGUGCACUGUGUACCGUUAGAGCCUUUCGAUGAAGACUAUCUGAACCACCUCGACCCACCAGUGAAACACAUGUCAUUCCACGCAUACCUUCGCAAGCUGACUGGUGGCGCUGAUAAAGGGAAGUUUGCAGCGCUGGAGAACAUCAGCUGUAAGAUUAAAUCGGGUUGUGAGGGUCAUCCUCCCUGGCCAGAGGGGAUUUGCACCAAGUGCCAGCCCAGUGCAAUCACUCUUAACAGACAGAAAUACAGACAUGUGGACAACAUCAUGUUUGAAAACCACACCAUUGCUGACCGCUUCCUGGACUUCUGGAGGAAAACCGGCAGCCAGAGGAUGGGCUACUUGUACGGCAGGUACACCGAACACAAAGAUAUUCCUUUGGGCAUCAGAGCAGAGGUGGCAGCAAUUUACGAGCCCCCACAGAGUGCCACCCAGAACAGCCUGGAACUGUUGGAGGAUCCCAAAGCUGCAGCCGUGGAUGAAAUCGCUGCCAAACUGGGCCUCUGCAAGGUUGGGUGGAUCUUCACUGAUCUGGUGUCUGAGGAUACGAGGAUAGGCACCGUCCGCUACUCACGAAACAAGGAUUCACAUUAUCUGAGUGCAGAGGAGUGCAUCACAGCCGGAUACUUCCAGAACCAACAUUCAAACCCCUGCAGACUCUCUCGAGAUGGAAACUUUGGAUCCAAGUUUGUGACUGUGGUUGCAACAGGUGGUCCAGAUAACCAGGUGCACUUUGAAGGAUAUCAGGUGUCCAAUCAGUGUAUGGCUCUGGUGAGAGACGAGUGCCUGCUGCCUUGCAAAGAUGCUCCAGAGCUGGGCUACGUUAAAGAGUCCUGCCCUGAGCAGUACGUACCAGAUGUCUUCUUCAAGGACAAAGACAAAUUUGGAAAUGAUGUCACGUUUCUAGCGCGGCCUCUUCCUGUGGAGUAUCUUAUCAUAGACAUUACCACAACUUUUCCAAAAGACCCUCAGUACACCUUUACCUCCACGCAACGCUUCCCCAUUGAAAACCGGGAUAUCAUUGGAGAGACACAAGAUUUUCACAGUUUAGCAUCAUACCUGUCCCAGUGUUCCUCCACAUCAUUCCUGGACAUUGUUUCAGAUUUCCAUUUGCUCCUCUUCCUCGUCACCAAUGAAGUCAUGCCUCUGAGAGAAAGCAUCGGGCUUCUACUUGAUGCAGUGAAGACCUCCAAUGAGGAUCUGGCGCAGACCUGGAAGAAGUCUGAGCAGUGGGCCACCAUCGAGCAGCUGUGCAGCACAGUGGGUGGACAGCCGUCCAGCUCUCUGGGUUACGAGGCCAUGGGCGGCCCCUCAGUUCCUGCCUCCUCCUCAGCCAUGUGGUCCUGCCUUCAUUGCACCUUCAUGAACCAGCCUGGCACAGAGCACUGUGAAAUGUGCAGCCUGCCCCGCAGUUAAGACCCUCCACCCCACUUCUACGCCCCACCCUGAGCGUACUUACUGCACCAGGACCAGCUGCAAGAUUGAGAUGCCCUUACAGUUUCCUUUCGCCUCACGUUCAAGCCUCUGCUGUUCCUUUCUCACAGGCAGCUGUUUGCGCAGAGGGAUGCACUCGUUUACACCCAAUUCUCUGAGUAAAGUUAAACCAGACUGAUUUUUUCUUUCUUUCUGUUUUUCAUCCCUCCACACAACAGCUCUUGUGAGAACUGGGGUACGUUUUAGGUAAAGCACUUUCGCCUGAGGCCCUAAUUUCCUGAAAUAAUCCCACCUCAUGGCUCAAAUAAUCCUGCUGUCACUCAGGACAACAGCAGAGACACUCAGUGUUGGGAUGUUUUCUCACUUCAGUGCCCCUCUUCACUCACAGUGUUUUCUGGAAAAUCUUGCUGUGUAUAAACAUCUUUGAGGAAUGAUACUGUUAUUUAAAUGAGUUUCUCUUUUUUUUUCUCAUAAGAUUGUAGCGUAUCUUAAAACUUUGAAUCUUCAGGCUUUUGGACUCUGACAAGCCCCUUACAGUACAAUCAUUGGUCACAGCUCAGACCUCCAAAUGUUAAGAGCCUCAGAGAAAAUCCACGUUGGUGGAUUAUUUAUAUUUUCAGUGUUAAAUUUAUUCCCACAUUGGAAAAAACAGCCUCCACUGAUUCCAGAAGUUACUUGCUGUUGAUGAUUACCACCUUUUUGGACUUGAUUUCUGAAGAUAUUUCAGUUUAGUUUUUUUGGAGUUGUGAUGGUUUGAACUUGAGCAGGUACAAAUGUAGCUUACUUUAUCAGCUGUAUGUUCAGAUUUUCUGAUAACACCCCAGAACGCAAUCCAUUUCGAUCAUAAUCAUCUUAAUUAGCCAUGAGGUGCUUUAGAGAAACAACUGGUGCUCGUCACUCUCACCUCCCUGUGGGCCCUCCUCUGAUUCUUUGGUUUUCUUGCUCCUGCUGGUGCAAAGGAGCUGGAGCAUUCCCACUGUUCCUCCUCUGAUGGGCCCCUGCGUGUUUUCCAUCUCUCAGCCUUCAAAGACUUUGCUUCUCAAAGUGUGAGGGGUUGUAGGUCACAGCGGGGGAGGGAAGAUGUCAAGCAUGUGUCUCGCCAGAUGUAAAUCUGCAAGCUGGAUGGUGUUUAAAAACGCCCUGAAGUGUCUGUGAUUCUGCCAUGAUUCUACAAAAACUCAGAGCUUCUUCCAACAGAAGGUAUCGAAGAUGUUCUCACUUUAAAAUGCUGCAGUGGUGGAAAAGGCUGAGCCUGAAAGUGCUAGGUUAAGUCUUCUAAUGGCACUAAAAACGAGCCAGAUGAAUGGUCAGUUCACCCAAACUACAUAAAAGAAAGAUAUGUUUUGUACUAAUGCAAAUUAAAAUUCAAACUGACCUUUGUGGAUGUUUUAUCACCUGUUGCAACAGUUAAAGCAUAUUAAUGAUGGCUGUCUCUGUUCCACAUGUGCUUCAGCUGCUGGGACAUGUCAAAAUAUCUGCUGUGGAAAGUUCUGAUGUUGCUCUGACUGGGAAAUAAAAGGUUUUUGUAAUUUCA